CUGCUAUCAAUCCGAAUCCGUUUCAUGCUAUUCGUGGGGUAUCUAAGGUGAACAAGAUGUUGUUUAUGCACUUGUGCACGCUAGUGCUUAAAAUCUUAACAUUGCCACUUCAGCUUGCGGAAUUGGUGGGUCUGUAUAAACUAUACAAACGCGUAUUUCCGUUUAUGGUUUACAAUAUCACUUUUGCUUAUAACCUUAAAAUGAACGAUCACAAACGGGAACUCUUCAGGUCUCUGGGGAAAUUCCGCCCAACAAAUGGCGAACUGCGUAUUCUUGAGAUCGGUUGUGGCAGUGGGGCUAACUUUGAGCACUACCCAGCGGGCUGUAAGAUAGUGUGCACAGACCCCAACCCGCACUUCCAGACAUAUCUGCAGAAGAACAUGACGAAAAAUGACCACCUUGUUUACGACAAGUUUGUGGUGGCGACUGGAGAGGAUCUGCGUGGGGUACCAGAUGAAUCGGUAGACGUGGUGGUUGUCACUUUGGUCCUGUGCUCGGUCAACGACAUCGGGGUUGUACUACAAGAGGCGAAACGAGUCCUUCGACCUGGUGGUGGCUUCUUCUUCAUGGAGCACGUGUGUGCAGACCCAUCCACCUGGACGUUCUUCUUCCAGCAUGUUAUGCAGCCGUUCUGGUACUACUUUGGAGAUGGCUGUCAGACCACUCGUACCACGUGGGAAUAUAUCGAGAACGCAGGAUUUAGCCAGCUGAACCUGCGACACAUCCAGGCUCCUGUAACCGUGAGCUCGCUCAUCAAGCCCCACAUUGUAGGCUACGCCAUUAAAUAACUGCUGAACACGCACGCACACGCACGCACACACACACACACACACACACACACACACACACACACACACACACACACACACACACACACACACACACACACACACACACACACACACACUCAGUCUUAACAUCUGCACUGUACUACUCACCAACUAAACAGAACCUACAGUGUGCUUCAAGUUAUUGGUAUUCUAACUUACGUCCAAACUCGUCCUGUAAUUCUUUGUCAGCACCGCUUUGCUUUUUCAUUUUUUAAUUUUGAAGUUGUGAUGGCUUUUCUUUCUCUAUUUUGAUAGCUUUUCUGUUCUCCGUGUGGCUUUGAUACUGGUCUAUUCUGUGAAUAGAAUCUAGGUCGGACAUGGUUGCCACAACUGAUUGUGUAAUGUUUACUCAAAAUGAUCAUUAUUCUGAAUUUAAUAACUCAAUUUAUUUUGCAUCUGGAACAUAGCGUUCUUCAUUUGAGGCUCUCUGGUCUACUCUCCACCUACAGUAUGCUGCUGUAAUUACUGAUAGAUUGUUGUUGAUUAUGAUCGAAUUCUGCAACCUCACUGCCAACAUGUCUUGCACUCAAGCUAUUUAGCUUAAAAUUGAAUGGAGGAAAUGGCAUUUCAUUGAAUGGCAAUGGCAUUUCAGAUACAACUUGACAAAAAGGGAGAAAGUAAGAGUUACAGUAUUACUGUAAGUGUAAUUGCAGCACAAGGCCAGCAGUGGUGCGAUGGGAUUUUGUAUGAUAUUUGUUGCAGAUUUUCAUAGUAAUUAAACCUGUAUUGAUUGUAAUUGCACUAUGUGUCAUGAAAAUGGCCCAGACUGACCAAAACUGUUAACUAUUUUAAGGGUCACUGUUACAGUGUACUUGCUUCAUUAGGUACAGUGGAAUAACUUUUGUAUUAACAUGUACUGUCGUUGUACUUGCAUCGUCUAUUUUGUGUAUGUACUUUUUAAGAGUGCCUUUGGUCUUAGUGCAGUCCUUCUCCCCCACCCUGGAAGAAUUAAGCAAUAUGACCUGAGUGGGAGGGAGGGUGUUAACUGACAUUGUCCCGGGUGUGGUUCGGCCAUAGGCAGGAAGCCGAAGGCUUAGACAUCCUUCCGCUUACCGAUGCGUAGAAUGCCAGUAGAACGCGUGUCAUCCAAUCAUAUAUCGCAAAAUAUAUUGACCAGAUCUAUACAGAUCAGACUAUACUUCUAUAGUAUUCUACACUAUAAUUCAGCACAUCGGCAAAGUAUAAAAACACUUUAUGUUACAUUGCCAUUAUGGCAAUGUAGAUACACACAAAUGCAUGUUAUAAUAACAUGAUUAGUGUUGUACUUGUGUUAGCCUAUUCCAUCACUUAUUCCUCUGUAUGUAAUGAGGUAAGUACACUGUAACAGUGACCCCUGAAAAUAAAGCCUUUCCCCGAAACUCACACCACCAUAGCAGCCUAUUGGCAACAUAAAAAGGCUUGGGCUGAAAAGCAGUUCACACUAGUUAGUCAACACAACACUUAGAUUGAACAAUUGAACAAUAGAUCAUACCAGCCAAUCAGCAAGAAGCUCUGAGUGAGAAACACACCAAGUCAGCCAAUCAGGAAGCCUUUUGGUCAAGGGGCUCUGGCAAGACUACUGAAUCCAGGUGUUGUCUGUUGAAAUGCAACAUCAACAAUGGGCUGCGUCCCGCAUCAUGGUUUCACACUGUGUUGAAAUUGUGUUGCCAUUUUGUAUGCUAUUUUUGAUCAAUAAAGUGUAUUUUUUUGAUAACGCAUCUA